GUUCAUAUAUAUUCCUUGUAUAGAUUCUGUACGCAAUUCAAUCCAUAUAAGCAAAAGGCAACGAGAUGAAGAAUAUGGGCGCAAAGCUCGUGAAGCUAGUGUUAGGGUUUCUGUUCUUGAUGCAUCUCCUUCAUGCAUUCCAAGAUGAUCUGAAAUAUGAAAACGGGCUUUCGGCGCCGAGUGGGAACAAGUAUUUCUCGACAGGACGGAAGUUUAAAGCUGAUCUGAAACCGGACGAGGAUUCACCAAAACCCGUUGUUCCAAAAAAGGAUAACGAUCUCGAGCACUCUCCGGCAUCAGAUCCGACGGAUUUGGAAAGAGAGAUGGAUAACCUAAUGAAGCACGACUACCCGUCGCGCAUGAAGCCGAGGAAAAGGUCUCCGAUCCACAAUUAAUUAAUGCCCUGCUUAAGGGCUCAUCAAUCAAUAUUGAUUCCUAAUUAAGUUAAUUGAUAACCCUUUUUCUUUAAAACGUAGUUAACACGAAGCGUACACAUAUAUCAUAUUUAGGGGGUUUUGCAAACGUGAGGUUCGUCUGUAAGGUUUUUUAUACUUUUAUUGUGAACCGAAUAUGUUUUAUAUGUAAUCACAUAGAUGCG